UACUAAAUUGUGUAUUAUUACUCCAAGUGAAAACAGCCUAGUGUACUUCCAACUUUGAUUCUGAAAGACAAGAAGCUGCUUUGAUUUUCUACAGGAGAGGAAACCAAAAAUAAGGAACGCAUUUUCGCUAUUAAUGUUGGAGUUUCGAUAGAAAUUGAAGGUCUCUGAGCUGUGAGACCUGUUUCCCCUCUCUCAAUUUCAGAUUUACAGACUUCUCCAUCUCUCUCUUCCUCUUCCCAUGGCGAUUUUUCAAAAAGGUAAGAAUUUUAAUCAAAGUUUAUAGUUUGCCCUAGUUGCUUCAGAGUUUCAUUUUCAAAGACCCCUCACUUUCGCUCUAGAUUAGGGUAUUAUCACACUGUCUGUUUUUCAUGGAUGAAAAAGUAGCACUAGCAGCGUCAGUUGAUAUAAACCUUAUGAAGAGAACUGAAAGAAGACGCCCUCCAUUAACACUGACAGCACCAUGGCUUGUAAUCCCUUAUGGAAAAGGUAGUCAAAAUCAUGCUUUUUAUAAUAUCUGUGAACCUCAUGAGAAAAGCACUAGAAAAUCCAUACCUGAGUUGAUUGCAAAAAUAUUUUGGCAGAAACCUUGUCAUCAAGGUUGGUUAAUUGUUCUAUGUGACAAUAGUGGAUAUGAUUACACCCCUGAUUAUGAAUUUGGCGAUUGUUUUCUUUGGAAUCCUGCAACUUUGGAGACCAUUCAGUUACCUUCUUUGCAGCACUGGUUGGAAUCCUCAUCUGUCUCUAUUCAUGAUUGUGUUUUGUCAUCUCCUCCUGAAGAUGGUGAUUCAAUGAUUUUGUUCCUGUUCUCAUCUGACCAUAAAAGUGCUGAUCAUGUCUUUUUACAUUGUCGUCCGGGGGAUAAGCAAUGGAGAAUAAAAAAGUUGGCUUUAGACAUUAUACCCACAUGGGAAAAUGGUAUCUCUUCAUUGUUUUAAAGGUAAGCUGUAUGUAAUGUGCUUUGAAGAUCAGCACUUUGAGAUCGAUAAACAGAAACUUGGGAAUAAGGAUGAUGGCAUUACACAACUUCCUAUGAAGAUGCUUCAAGUACCUAUGGUUGUUACUUAUCAGUUAGUAGGAGGAUGGGAGACAUGUUCUCUGAGAUAUUAUUUUGUGGGAACGUCCGAAGACCUCUUUUAUGUUACUAUACGUUACAAUCAAAGGGCACAGAAUAAGGUAGUCAUCCAAAUAGCUGUGAUGAAGUUGGAUUUUUCUGCAAUGCAGUAGGAUGUGGUGAAUUGUUUAGGUGAUCAUGUUCUAUUUAUUGGUAGCAGCACCACAGCUUGUUGUUCUGCAGCCGAGGUGGGCCUUGAAAGGGGUUGUUUAUAUUAUACACUUCCUGAGGAUCAGAGUCUGUACAAAUUUGAAGUCGAGAGUACCGCUAAUUCAGUUAUCUUGCCGUGUUUAAAGCUGCCAACACCAUGGUUCUAUCCAAAUUGGAUUAUGGUGCCUAAUGGACGAAAAAGAGAGAAAGAAAUGGUGGGUGGAGAUGGAUCAAAGAAGAGCAUAAUGAAGGGAGUGAAUGGGAAACAAGGAGGAGAAGACUAUGGAGGAGAUUUAGAGAAAGCAUGUCCGUGGGAUAUCCUUCUCGAGGAAAUGGUGGAGUCUAUAGCAAGUUAUCUUCAUCGAUUGGAUUGCAUCCAUUUUCGUGCAGUCUGUCAAAUCGAGCAAUAAUUCCCAUGGAAAAGGUUAGAUCGUCUUCUACUUCUAGAAGCACACAUAUAUCUCCAUGGCUGAUGUUUUCCAGAGAUCAUAGUCGCACCACCUUCAACUUUAUAAACCCGAUGCAUGAAAAUGAGAACUACCUCAUGAACCACUCUGAUCUAGUAGGUGCUACAGUUCGUUUUCAAAAGGGAGGUUGGCUAUUGAUGUCUGUUCCAAGUCAAGAGACUUUAUCAUUCUUUUACAAUCCCUUCACAAGAGAGGCCAUCAAACUUCCAGAAUUGCCAUUUGAUUAUAGCUUUUCAGGUAUCUCAUUCUCAUCCUUACCAACUUCAUUGGACUGUGUAGUUUUCAGCAUCGAAGCAAAGGGAGGCGACGAAGUCGCUGUCUGCUUCAUAAGAAAGGGAGAAGCAUUUUGGAGUGAGUAUGUCUUUCCUAAUACUGAUCGUGAUAAGUACUUCCCACUACUUAACACUCCAGUUUUCUGCAAAGGGGUUUUCUACUGCCUAGAUUAUAACGGAACUUUAGGAGUAUUUAACAUAGAGGAUAAUAGUUGGAAAGUUCUUGAGAAACCUCAUCCACAAUUUAGUGCUGUAUAUCCAAACUUCUUGGUGGAGUGUGGAGGAGAGCUUUUAUCAGUGAAAUUAGGACGUCAUGAAACUUUGUUUGGAGUUUUUAAGUUGGAUUUCUCCAAGAUGGAUUGGGUUAGAGUUGAAAAUCUAGGAAAGUACAUGUUGUUCAUCAGCUACAUCUCAUGUUUCUCAGCGAUUGCUCCAAAUAGUCGCAUGAGUAACAGAAUUUAUUUCCCUAGAUUAUGUCUGAAUGGCGACGGUGUUUUAGUCUAUUCUCUUGAAACAGGCAAUUAUCAAUCUUCUGGAGAACAGCAUUCUGCGAUCAACUUUUAUGAUACAGAGGGCUGGUUCUCAAACUGCACUUAUAUUGAACCAAAUUGGUUGAAGUCUAAACCGCAAGAGCUUGAUUGGGUUCAGCCUCCUUCGUAAAAAUUAUGGAUUGGGAGGCUUUUAAGAGUUCAAGGAGCCUUGAGACCAGCUACUUUCUAUCACAAUAGAUCAGGUUUUCUUUGCGAGUUCCCACAGCGCCACCUGGAGAGUUGAUGUUUGUCCGCUACACCGGAUUCUCACCAGUUGCUCUAAAUAGUCGAUAACUCUACCCUAGUUUAGCUGAUUUGUAUUUUCUAGUCCUUGUUUAGAUGAUUUGUUUUUUCUUACUGGUUUAACCAGUGCUGCGAUAGAUUCAUUAAGAUUUAAGAGCUGAUUGCCACGAUGCAUAGUGUAUAAAACUAACAAAAGGAAUCAAAAAGACAAAAACUAAAGUGCAGAAUUCACCAAUAAAAACAGGAGCUAGUAAGAGCAGCCACAACGAGGAUGACUAAAGCUAAAUAUACCAAUUUAAAACCUCGCACUGGGUACCAAAGGUAAAUUUAUGUUUUAUUAGUUGGUACUCUGCUUACUUUGUCCAUUUUCAGUGUACAUUUUGUCACUUGUAGUGAUAGCUUAUUGAGAUCUUCAGAAUCUAGCGGUUAUCCUAAUCGCGAGAAGCGACAUCACUUGCCACAACUGUUUUCUUUGUUUUUUAUGUAAGAUUCUUAUGACUUAUCAGAUGUGGUAAAACAAACAUUUCUGUGUAUAGAAAUUUGUAAUGAGUUGAAUAUUUUCUGAAAGAAUAUUCUUUCUUGUUUGGGAGUGAGUCAAUAGCACAACAUAUUACAGUCUGGGGUUUGUGUUGUUUUACACCCUUGAAGUGUCAGCUGUACAUCCAUAGAAGCCAACGAUGAUAAUUGCCUUUUCCAGUUUCAUUUACAAUCAAAUUCACUUGUCAGCUGCUAGCUCGCAAUUUGUCAGCCUAAGCAGUAAUUGCAGAUAUCGCAAAGUAAACCCUGGAUACAGUUUUUGUUCAUCCAUCAAUGAUCGAGAUGUUGGAUGCUGCUGCAGAGGAUGCAAUUGAACAGAAAAGCUGUUCAGAUAUCCCGAAAUACAGUUUUUCUUCAUCCAUCAGGAAUUGGGAAGUUGGAUGCCGCUGCAGUGAAUGCUGUUGAACGUAAAGCUGUUUUACCUCCAUUUGUUGGUUCUCAAGAUGCUUCAAUGCUUUUGCCACUUUGUCCACCUGUUCAAAGAGCCCUUAAGGAUUCAAGCGUGUUGAGCAAUGUAUUUAUCAAAAUAGAGUUAUGUUCCGAGGUUUAAGGAACUGCAAGGAUAUCUUUGAUCGAAUGGAGAAGCAAACAGAACCUUCAUUCUUUCAAUAUCUGCUGGUCCAGGGAAGAUUAAGGAGUACCAUGUAGUGAAUCAAGAAGCUACAAGGUCACCAUGAUUCUGGCACUUAUAGUCAGGUUAAAUGAAGUUUUGAUGACAGUAUUGGUGCUAAACCUGGCACUGAGGUAGGAUCAUACAUGAAAAAGGAAAAUCCAGCACAAAUACUAAGGCAUCUUCAUCUGAAAGUGUUCCUGAUAACCUGGAAAACCUUCCCUCUAAAGCUAAUGAAAAGAACCAGAAGAAAGACAUCUAAAGCUAAUGAAAAGAACCAGAAGAAAGACAAGGAAGCUAAGCUGGAAACUCAGUAGCCUUAUGAAAGAUAAGUUAUUACAUUGUUUUCUCUUACCAAGUUUCAAGGUAUGAGUUCCAUAUUUUAGAAAUGAAAAAAGAAUCUCGCUUGCCUAGCUAAUAAAUCAGCUGGCUUAUUAAGUAACCUACUAAUAGAACUACAGUUCCAAUUUGGUAAACGUCUUAAGAUAGCUUUAGCAUCUUGAAUGAUACUAUGAUUUUGCCAGGAAAGAUCGGAUAUAUCAUGAUUGACUGCCUUCACUACUGAUUUUGUGUCAAGCUGAAAACAUACGAGAUAGAGCUCUUGCCCAUUUCACUGCGUCUAGUAAGCCGUCACAUUCAGCAUGCUCUGCAUUCAGACAUCCAGGAAAUGCUGAUAUUUUAGCUGGUGAUCUUGUUUCAGAUGUGCAACAUUGUUGGAGACACCAAUUUCUCCCAAGAGGUAUGAGUUCAAACUUUUUAAGGUUGAUUCGAAAAUUUGAAGGGGAUAGAAAAGCCUCAGUUCAGACCUAUUGGUCUGAGCAAUUUUUGCUUCAAAAUGAAGGUGGGCUGGUAGAGUAGGCUAGAAGUGGCGAAUAAAACUUUAUUAUUGAAACUCUUGUCGACCAUUUCAAAAUUCUGAGCAUGAUUGGGCGAAAUUCAUAAUGGUUGGGACUGUGGAUCCUUAGAGAAUCCUUCCCAAAGGUCAGUUGGGAUAAAUCUGUGUGGAAGAAUUGUGUUCAUGUUACUAGGUGCUCAAGUCUCUCUUCCUGUUCUAAAAUGGGAUGUUUGCAAUUUUUUACUUUUUUUACCUUCUUGUGGAUCUUGUACAGCUCUAAUAAUAUUUCUCCAUUUCUACCCAAAAAUAAUAAAUAAUAAAAUCCUGGAAAAGCUGUGGACAGAAAGAAAAAAUCA